AUGGCUCCCUCCUAUGCGCAUCACCUGCCGGCUGGUUUCUCACCGGCCGUGCUCUACCUGCCCGCCGCAAAGCAGACGGCAAUUGUGCAGGAAAGCAAUGGCAAAUCGACAAUCGACGCCAAUGCGCCCCUUCCCACCCCGGAACCAGAUAUGGUUGUCGUCCACGUCGUCGCUGUCUCAAUCAACCCCGCCGACUGGAAGAUCCCGUUGCGGUUUCCUGCCCCCGGCGCCCUGAAUGGCUGCGAUUUUGCGGGCAUUGUGCUAGCCAUCGGCCCUGACGCCGCCAAAGUUCAUCCGACGCUGCGACCGGGCGAUCGGGUCUGCGGUGGCGUCCACGGUGCCAAUCCAAUUGACCCGGGCACGGGCGCAUUCGCCGAAAUGGUGGCCGCCCACGCAGAUCUCGUACUCCGGAUGCCGGAUACGAUGACCUGGGAGCAGGGCGCCGUGCUUGGGGGCAGUGUGCUCUCGACCCUGAGCAUCGCGUUGUACCAUUCGCUUGGGCUGACAGGAACGCCUGAGAGCCCGGUGGAAGGUGACCCGACUCCUGUUCUAGUCUAUGGCGGCAGCACCUCGACCGGAACAGCGGCAUUGCAGAUCCUGCGCAGGCAAGCCUGCUCCGGUUACAAGCCGAUAACGACGUGCUCUCCGCACAGCAGUGCUCUAGUGCAAGCGCACGGCGCGACCGAAUGCUUCAACUACCGCUCUGACGCCUGCGGCAGCGAGAUCAAGCGAGCCACCAACGGGCGUCUCCGUCACGUCCUCGACAUCAUCACCGACAUGCCGUCGCAGCUGGCCUGCUUUACCGCGUUUGGCCGACUUGGCGGGAAAUACGCGUGUCUGGAGCGGCCAAACCCAAACCUACCACGUAGUCGGCUCAUCAAGGUCGAUAUGGUUGUAGGCCUGGCUGCGACGGGCAAGGAAAUCGCGCUGCGCGAUGGGUAUGAGCGAGCGGCUAACCCCGAGUUGAGAAAGACUGCAGCCAGACUGUUUCGGUCCGUGCAGGGGAUGUUGGAUAAGGGGGAGUUCGUGCCGCACCCGGCGAAGGUACUCGAAGGGCGGUUCGAGGGGGUCCUGGAGGGACUGAGGGUGUUGAGGGAGGGGGUGACCGGGGUCAAACUGGUUGUUUUCAUUGAUGAAUCUGAGGGACACAGGAUGAUUGAUUGA